CACACACACACACACACACUUUGAUAUAAAUAACGAAAUGAGCAGAGGCGACCUCAGGAGGCUCCCAGAGUUCCCUGUUGUACGUCAUCAACAUCACUUGUUGCUUGGCAAUAACACACACGACUGUCUCCACCUUCCUUUGCCCCUCCCCCCCAAAAAUAUUCUUUGGGAGGGACUAUUGUGCCAUUACAAAGUUACAUAACUUGACAAAAACAUUGAUGCCAUGUCCUCUGUUAAUAUGAGGGUCAAUCAAUGCAAAGUCGCCUGCAGGCUUUUGUGUGUGUGUGUGUGUGUGUGUGUGUGUGUGUGUGUGUGUGUGUGUGUGUGUGUGUGUGAUGGAAACAGCGGUGGAAAUGGAAGGCGGGAGAUGUCAAUUCGAAGAGGGGGUGGGGGGGAGAGAGAAAGAGAGAGAGAGAGACAAAAAUCGGAAAGUCCAAAAAGAGAUGCCUCAUAACAUCCAUGUGUCCAUCCGUCAUAAGAGCCACUCAUUCAUCAGUCCAUUCAGCCGUUGAUAACUAUUCAGCCAUCCAUCCAGAGAGGCCAGCUGUGGGACAUGGAGGAAAAAGGAGCGGUAUCCGGUAUCAUGAUUUUAGAAUUUGAAGAGGACGUGGCGCUGACGGAGAAGAUGCGUAUGCGCGUGUCGUCUCUUCAGUGCUCGGGCCAAAAACGGCAGGACGGCGAGCGCCUGCUGCUGCCCCAUGAGGCCGUCUACCGGCUGGACUUCCAGCGGCAGGACCUAAGCUUUCGCCACUGGAACGUGUCUCUGGGCGGGUGCGGGCGUGUCACCAUCACGGGGAUCUCGCAACACUGGACGCCCGACCUCACCCACCUGAUGGCGCGCCAACUUCUGGAGCCCGUCGGCACCUUCUGGCGCGGCGCCGACGACCCCGACGGCUGCGAGCUCAAGUGGCUAGAGGCCGACAUGCAGGAGUUCGGCGAGAGAAUCGCCGAGCUAGCCAAGGUCCGCAAGGUCAUGUACUUCCUGUUCGCCUUCAAGGACGGCGCCGAGGCGGCCAAGUUGCGGUGCUCGCUGGCCUUUUCCUCCCUCCAAUGAAGCUUGCGUUCCGGGCAGUCGAAUAGAAGCAAGCACUCGUGUCGUAAAACUGAUGACUUGUGUAUGGAAAAUUUGAAAUAAAUCUUACAUAGGCACACUUGUAUUUUCUUUUUAUGAAUC